GCACGACUCGGCAACGCUGCUAUGGUGCUGUUAGCAAGCUUGACAAGCGACUCGCAGCGUCAUUUUGUGGAUUAUAUUGUGGUUGAAUUGGGGCUCUUUUAUUGGAUUUUUGGCGCUUUUUCGAAGCAGCUGCCACAGAGAUGGAUACGGAUGAAGUAGAGUCUUCGAGCAGCGGUCCGAUCUCAUCUUUGAACAGUUUGUUCUCAUUUACCAGUCCGGCGGUGAAGAAGUUACUGGGAUGGAAGCAGGGGGACGAGGAGGAGAAGUGGGCGGAAAAGGCCGUGGAUAGUCUGGUGAAGAAGCUAAAGAAGCGGAAAGGUGCGAUAGAGGAACUGGAGAAAGCGCUCUCGUGUCCUGGGACGCCAAGCAAGUGCGUGACGAUUCCACGAUCAUUGGACGGUCGUCUACAGGUCUCGCAUCGCAAAGGUCUGCCUCAUGUAAUCUACUGCCGCGUCUGGCGAUGGCCCGACCUUCAGAGCCACCACGAGCUGAAACCGCUUGAACACUGCCAGUUUCCGUUCUCAGCCAAGCAGAAGGAGGUGUGCAUCAAUCCCUAUCAUUAUAAGCGCGUGGAGAGCCCCGUGUUGCCUCCAGUUCUUGUACCCAGGCAUAAUGACUUCGUACCCGGUCACUCGUUGUUACCCUUUCAGCAGCUUGUCGACUCCAACAUGCCGCACAACGUGAGCUAUUCUUCAUCCGGUUUUAACAGCAACCAUAUGAGCCCCAACUCGCCGCUGUCGAACGUCCCCAGUCCAGGAAGCGUGAGCUCCUCAAACAACCCGCAGUCUCCAUAUUCAAACCUAGCGGAGACGCCGCCGCCAGCCUACAGUCCCACCGAUGAGACAACACCCACAGCCGGUGGCAAUGCCGCCAACGCCCUUACUCCCAACAACAACCCCGCUGCUAAUUCGACGGAUGCGAACUUGACAGACGUGCAGCCGGUGGCUUACCAAGAACAGCCUUUCUGGGCCUCGAUAGCCUACUACGAGCUGAAUUGUCGCGUCGGCGAGAUUUUCCAUUGCCAGUCCACAUCGGUGCGCGUAGACGGUUUCACGAAUCCACCAAGUAACAACAGUGACCGAUUCUGUUUGGGUCAGCUGAGCAACGUGAACAGGAACUCGACGAUAGAGAAUACCAGGAGGCACAUUGGCAACGGUGUCCAUCUAUAUUAUGUGAAUGGCGAGGUGUAUGCGGAGUGUCUAUCCGACUCCGCUAUCUUCGUGCAGUCACGCAAUUGUAACCAUCACCACGGCUUCCAUCCGUCAACCGUCUGCAAGAUUCCGGCCGGUUGCUCUCUACGGAUAUUCAAUAAUGCCGAGUUCGCGCAGCUGCUUUCGCAAUGCGUUAAUCACGGUUUUGAAGCCGUCUACGAGUUGACCAAGAUGUGUACGAUUCGCAUGAGCUUCGUGAAGGGCUGGGGCGCGGAGUACCAUCGCCAGGACGUGACCAGCACGCCCUGCUGGAUAGAGGUGCAUCUCCAUGGACCGCUUCAGUGGCUGGACAAGGUUCUCAUGCAGAUGGGUGCACCACACAAUGCCAUCAGCUCAGUCUCAUAGAUUGUACAACACACACACAGAUCCAAUCCAGGUAGAUCAUCAUCAUCCAAUGAAGAUGAAUCCAUGACGUUAUCUACAAAGCUAACGAGGAAUGCAGAUAAACAAAACAAACAAAUGAUCUCGUAAAUAAGAAGGCUUCUUCAGUGAAAAGUUAUUCGUGGAUGAGUAGCUGUUGAACAAUAUCAGUUCAAAGUACUGUUUCGUUUGCCGCUAUUCCAUCCAUUGCCAUUUGCUCAAGCAAAUGUAAGGAGAAACGACAUUCGGACGUAUUUUUUUAAUGACUCCUAUUAUUAUUAUUAUUAUUAUUCAAAAGGGAAAAAGGAAAGAAACUAAAACAAAAAAUGAUCUCCAGACGAGCCAAGUUGCCAUAUUACUGUUGUAAGGACUGAGUACAAGAUUUAUAUAUUUUCUGUAUUUUUAAACGAGAACACCAAAAUUGGAGAUACGUCGACUAAGAUAGGGUGAGGAUGGUGAGGUGUUAACUCUUGUGUCUUAUGGUUUAUGUGCUUUACAUGUGUGCUAUCUCUAUUUUAACUAUGAUAUAUGUAUAUGAAGAAGGAAGAAGAACAUUACCAUUUUUGCCGCCCAACUGUGUCACAAUUCGUCGAAGGCUGCGGUGAUAUUUAAGGAAUUAAUGUUUAGGAGAAUGAAUUUAAAAAAUAACGAUGACGAGCACGACGGAAGACAUUUUUUUCCAAAACAAAAGAAAACAAUAACGAUUUUCCAAGAAGAUCAACGAGAUGUGAUUUUAUAAAAUUAAUUAUAAACCCCUUUUAGGAAAAAAAUAAAAUAAACCCUUGGUUACACCACUGCAAAUGGUCUAGUAAAAAAAUAGGGUUUUAUAAAUAUAUAUAUAUACAAAUAUAUAUAAGAGAGAAUGAAACAAAGAGAGAAAGAAUAUUUAUAUAUAUAUAUGAGAGAAUUGAUUAAUUAAUUAUAUUGUCUUUAAUUAAUAUUCGUGUUAAUUAAGG